AUGGUUCAUUUUAAAGCCUCGUCAGGCUACACCACUCAACCUACUGUCCAUGAUCCGUAUUCAUACCAGACAGGGUUUGGAAACCGAUUUGAGUCGGAGGCAGUGCCGAAUGUACUCCCUCGGGGCCGAAACGCACCACAGAAGGUCAAAUAUGACCUUUAUUCAGAGCAAUUGAACGGUUCUUCGUUUGUUGCAACACGGCAGAUGAUCCAGAAUGUUUGGAUGUACCGUAUCUUGCCCUCGGUGGCCCAUAAUGAGAUUUCAUCAAAGCCUGAUAUGAAUCCAGAUAUUGAAAGCUGUUUCUCGUCAGCGAAUUCAAAGGUCGAGUUCAUUGCCUCGCAGCAAGCCUGGGGCCCAUUUCCGCUAUCAAAAGGGGAGUCGGGAUCGACAGGAACUGAUUUCGUCGAGGGCAUCAAAACUGUUGGCGGCAAUGGAGACCCCACGUUGAGGGAAGGACUCGCGAUACAUAUCUACUCAGCGAACAAGUCUAUGGAAAACAGGGCAUUCUGUAACAGCGACGGCGACUUUCUCAUCCUUCCUCAACAUGGCCGUCUCAAUAUACAGACUGAGCUUGGCUGGAUGAUGGUGCGGCCUGGUGAGCUGGCUGUCAUCCAGGCCGGCCUCAGGUUUCGAGUCCAACUUCCAGAUGGAGCCGUACGAGGAUACGUCCAGGAGAUCUUCGGGGCGCACUAUGAGCUCCCCGAACUUGGCCCAGUUGGAUCAAAUGGCAUGGCUCUUCCCCGAGACUUUGAAUCUCCCCUGGCGAGCUUUGAUGUUGACAACUCGACUUGGGAGAUUGUCUACAAGGUCGCUGGUGGCUUGCAUUCUUGUAAACAAGACCAUACGCCCUUUGAUGUUGUGGCCUGGCAUGGAAACCUCGUGCCGUACAAGUACGCCAUUGAGAAGUUCGUCAACAUGGCCAAUGUUGAGAAGGAUCAGGCAGAUCCUACGAUUUAUUGCGUCUUGACCGCCAGGUCCAAGAUCCCUGGCGUCUCGGCUUCUGACUUUCUAGUAUUCACACCGAAAUGGAUCAGCACAUCAGAUACUUUCAGACCGCCCUACUACCACCGCAACAUGAGUACGGAGAUGAUGGGCCUCAUUUAUGGACGAUAUGGUGGUAGUAGCCAUGCAUUGGAACCUGGAGGUCUUAGCUAUGAAGCUUCGUAUCUGCCGCAUGGCGAAACGCAUGAGACAUGGCUGGACGCAACAACAAAAGACCUCACCCCAACACGCAUAUGCGAGGAUACUAUUGCUUUCAUGUUCCAUAUCAGUGUUCCCAUGUUCCUGACAAACUGGGCAUUGAAGGGCAAGGGUAGCGAGUCCCUCAACCUUAGCUCUGUUAACCAGUGGGACGGUGUCAAGGCACAUUUUAUCCAACAUCUUGAUCAUGUAAACUCGGACCUGAUAGCAGCUGGGCUUCCAGCUCUUCCAGCUGAACAGAAGCCCAAUAAGAACGGUACCGGCCGAGUCAACGGCCAUGAAAAGGGUUACAGCCGAACAGAAGAGACCUGA